AGUCAAAAUAAUUGCCCAGGCCUGGUGUAAACAGAGCGAUGUGAUGUCCCCAUUAAGUAAGCAUUGCCAGAACACACACACACACACACACACACACACACACACACACACACACACACACACACACACACACACACACACACACACGUUGGUUGAGCGUGCUGUGGGAAGAUCUGCGAACACGCCCCUAACAAGCUGCCCUCCCUGGGUCAGAGAUAAGUGUAAUGUCUGCAAGCUCACGUCUUAUUGCUCUUGCAGCACAAAUGUAUGAACAACAUGCAUCCUUCUAAUAUUGGAUCAUAUUGGAAGCCUUCUGCAAAGGCGGGUCAAAUGUCGCGAGUUCAACCGCCCCCCUUUUUUUGUUGUUAUUUCCUGCCUUGUAACAUUGUGCUUCGUUCUCUCUGUCCGAGCCGUGCCAACUCCUGCAGCUUUGUGGCGAUGAUAAGACCAGCCCUGCAGCGGUAAUGGUUAACCAGAUAAUUUGAAAUUUUGGGUGGGAGCAGACGACAACAGCGGGCUUCUCCCGCCUUUACCAGCACUUCAUUUAUAGCAGGACUUUAGCAUGGACGAGACGUCGCAGCCGGAGACGGAUUACAAAGGCCAGGAUGAGGAAGAACAAGGUGGGAUCCGCCGCCGCCUGAGGGACAGGUCGCUUCUCAAGAAGAGGAAAGCCGAAGCAGAGGAGAAGGAAACUUACCAGCAGAUGCUGGACACUGCAACCAGAACUCAUCGCAAACACAUCCUUUCUAUUCAGUCCGCUUUGUCACAAGCAAGCGUCCAGGAGCUUGAGGAAGACCUGCCGCCGCCUCCGACUGCUUCACCUCAGGAAGCGUUAGAACACGGAAACAUUCAGACCAUCCCCAUUGGCUACAUAAGUUCCUGUUUCUCUGUGAAGAACGGGACACCCAGACAGCCCACCGUCUGCGGACCCUCGAGGGCGGAGCUGCGACUGAAGCAGAGUGUCUUCAAUAACCCGGAGCAUGCUCUUGUAGGACUGGAGCAAUAUUCUCACGUCUGGGUUAUCUUUCUCUUUCACAAGAACGGGCACAUGAGUUACAAAGCCAAAGUGAAGCCCCCCAGGCUGAAUGGUCAGAGGGUCGGCGUGUACUCCACUCGCAGCCCGCACCGCCCAAACGCUUUGGGGCUAACCCUCGCAAAGUUGGAUAAAAUCAUAGGUGAUACAAUGCAUCUGUCAGACAUUGACAUGAUCGCGGGUACCCCGGUCCUGGAUAUUAAACCCUACAUUCCAGAGUAUGACUCCCCCAGCACAAGGAUGAGCGAUGACUGUGAGCCUUGUCGACAACUAGACUACGGCUGUUUGUCAGCUAACCAUCCAACAGAAGCCCAGUUAAAUGUAAAAAAGAUUGCGGUCAAGUCUGUAGCGGACACUCCAAACAAAGACGGGUGUCAGUUCCCUAAUUCUUUGCCUGGAGAUGCUCUCGCCAUGCUGGAGGAAGUGAAGGCAUACCUGAGCCAAAGUGAUUUCCGCCAGGCAAGCAGCGUCGGCAAGCGCAGGGAUUCAGACCCGCCGGGAGUCGAGCAGGACCAGCCGCCCUGUUACAGAGAGGAGGCCUACAGUACCAUCGCCGGCUGGAUCCGAGAGCCGCCUGUUGCCAGUCUGGAGGUCCGCUUCACCCCUCAUGCUGAGAGGGAACUAGCACGAUUCCUUCCCGCAGAACAGUCAGGGCCUCCUGUAAGUGACCGUCCAAGGUUCAAGUUCCUGCGCAAUUCAGAGGAGGCGGCUGCAGCCAUCAGAGGCGUGCUGGCUGCUGACCCUCGGUCAGUCUACAGGAGGACUCGAUGCAAAGACAAGCUCUUUUUCUUCACACUAGACUCAGCUGACAUAACCUGCUGGUUUGGACAAGGCUUUGCUGAGGUGCUGCAGGUGCGCCCCCUUCAGCAUUUCAUUGAAGCCACAUAAAAACGUGAUACAUUGCAGGUUCAGGUCUGGCUUGGUUUUGAGUACUGUAUAUUGGCAUGGCGUUCACAAUCAGAUUUACUGCCCAAUAAUUUAUUUACUACACACAAGAAUCGAGUCAUUAUAAACAAUAAAUGAUGAUUAAGGUAAUUGUCUUCUUGUCCUAGUCUUCCACCAGCUUUAAAAGUGGUCACAUUUUAUUCAAAUAAAAAUAAAACAUGUUAUAAUGUAAACCGUAUUAACUAUAAAUAAUACAAAUGAAUUAAAGUGUGAAUAUAUUCCAGUUAUUUUAAUCAUAUUAUAGUUA